UUGCUCGUCAUUAUAACUGCUUGAUUGCAUUCAGCCAAUCACGACGCUCCAUAUUGUAUGGUAAAUAGUAAAAAGACGCUGGAAAGCAGCACAACUCCCACAGUGCCAGUACCACAACACCUCUACAUUCGAAGACGAACCUAGGAGAAAUAAAAUGAACUCUCUUUUUGUUGCUUGUCUUUCGUUCUUCUUCGUAUCUUUUGCAGUGGCUGCUGAUAGACGACCAACAUUUUGUACUGAUGAUGUUUCAAAAUGUCAGAAAGUUGCACCAAGCAAGGUGAAUAUUACCUGCGUGGCCCCUAAAACAGGUUCAAGCUGUAUAAAAGACGUCAUGAACGGCGAUGCUGAUUUUACGCUCGCCACUGCAAACAAUAUGGUCGACAAUUCGGGCAGUCUAACGAUAAUCCAAAGUCUAAAGUUCAAAAACAUAGAGAAUUACGUGCAAUAUUAUGGCCUGGCCGUCGUUAAGAAAGGAACGACUUUCAACUUCACGCAAUUGAAGGGUGAAAAUUCGUGUCACACUGGAGUUGGAAAAACUGUGGGAUGGGUAAUUCCUGUUGGCUAUCUUCUGUACACGAAAGAAAUGACGUACACCGAUAAUCAAUACAAAUCCGUCGCAGACUUCUUUGGAAAAAGUUGCGCCCCAGGCAUUGGUGGAAUCAGUAAAGCAAGUCAGGCGGUGAAAGACGAACUCUGCAGUUUGUGUACAGGAAAUUGUACAACGGAUGGUCCGUUCGCCGGAUACGAGGGUGCAUUCAAAUGUAUGGCUGAUGGAAAUAAAGAUCGAGUUGGCUUCGUUAAACAGGAUACAGCCGGCAAAGUCCUCGGUUCAGGAUCUGGACCGUAUGGCAAUAUGGCCGAUUAUAGACUCUUGUGCACGGAUGGGACUUCACAAACUCUUGACAAGUACAAGGACUGUAACAUUGGCACCAGACCUGCAAGCGCUCUUGUUACAGGUAAAGGGAAUUCCGUGGGGACGAUUAACGCAAUUAGGAGCAUUUUGCAAAACGCCAACACCACCGAUUUGAUAAAUGGUGGCAUCGUCGAUUCAAAAACUGAAGAUCUGGUCGACUACUCGGGAACUGUGGAGAAGUACGUUGAGCCAUAUGCUAAAUACAAAAAUGCUUUGGUUAUGAAUGUUCCAGAUUCUGCUGCAUCGUCCAUUCUUGCCACUUUUGCCUUGCAAUUUGUUGCCAUUCUUGCAUUUGCAUUCCAAAGUUAGGUUAUCGUGCCCGACUAGCAAUAAAAUAUUUCGUAUUUCUGAAUCCUGAAACUUGGCAUUUUCAGCAGAAACUUUAAACUUGACUAAUUAGCUAAUAUUAAAGGGUAGAUUUACUUUUAAGCGUGUACGUAAUUCUAAAACAUUUGCCACAGAUGGAGUUGUCUAUGUUAUUUUUUGAAACUAAACUGCUGUACCGUACUAUAUAUAGUGUGAUCAGCUACAUGCUUGGUUUCAAAAUCUAUACCACAAUUUCGUAUUUCUAUAUACUUAAUUUGAUUUGAACAAUAAAAU